GCUCUACUGCCUUGAAUACUACAGUAUUAGCAAAAUCUAUGGACACAACAACAAAAUAUUUAGAUUCCAAUGUAAUUAAAUAUAUACCGUCAUCCCACGAUGUUGCUUUUCCUUGUAAUUCAGAUACCAAAAAGGCAAUAUUCGUUUCAUCGGAAUCAAUGCCCUUGCGGCAAAUUACCCAACGGAGUCAAUUACCUCUGACAAGCCCCGUUGUUUCAGCAUCUUUUAUGAAUUUUCAAGAUGUACAAAGUGAUAACAUUGUUUUAAUACCAACACCGAACACAUUGGAGCAAUAUCACCUGCAGCUCUAUAACUAUGCAUUAAGUAUAGAACGCCUACGAUGUCCACAAUACACUACAGCCGCUGCCAUGUCCGCAGGAUCAUACGCUAACGGCGCUACAACUGAUGUACAUUUAUUUGUAAAUGAAGAAAAUAAAACCACAUUUGGCUCGGUGGAAGUGGAAACAGAAAGUAGUUAUCCUAGUGCUAUUGCAAAAGUAAGAAGUGGUAGACCAUUUGCACCCACGACCAUAACUCAUGGCAACCGCUUAGCAUUAUCUAUGUCCCUUUUCCCCCAACGUAUAUUUCACCCGGAGGAGCCAAAGCCUCAGUAUAGUUACAUCGGCCUUAUUGCAAUGGCAAUACUAAAUUCUGCUGAAACAAAGCUAGUGUUGGCUGAUAUAUACCAGUAUAUUUUAGAUCAUUAUCCUUAUUUUCGAGCGCGCGGGCCAGGUUGGCGUAAUUCUAUACGUCAUAAUUUAUCUCUAAAUGAUUGUUUUAUUAAAUCUGGGCGUAGUACUAAUGGCAAGGGACACUAUUGGGCUAUACAUCCCGCUAAUAUUGAUGAUUUUCGUAAAGGUGAUUUUAGACGACGUAAAGCACAACGUAAAGUACGCAAACAUAUGGGUUUAUCGUUAGACGAUGCUGGUACUGAUUCUCCAAGCCCCCCGCUACUCGAUUUGAGAUCCGCGCCGCUAACAGCUACGAAUGUAUUAAGCUUAGAACCGACAAGAAAUAGUGUACCAACGCCAGGUUUCACAAUACCUCAUAUCCCACAAUCAAUUAGUUGUUUAUCGCAAAUUAAUCAUCCGAUCUUUCAAAUGCCUUCAUCUCUUGUCUCAUUACCACACCACAUACAACAACAACAACAACAAUUUCAAGAUCAUUAUUUUGGCGCAGCAAUUAUGGAACAAUACACGUGUAUACCGCCAGCAGCAUCUUACAACAAUCGGCAUUCAAUUGAUAUGCAACAGCAAGAGGAUCAUCAUAGUAGCAAUAAUCAGUUUUACACCCAACUUACUAAUAAUAACGCAUCACAAUCACGGCCACAAGAAGAACUCAGUGACACCAAUAAAAAUUCAAAACUUUCUUUCAUCAAUCAAGCGGCUACAACUACUUCUAUAACUCCGCACUCAAGCACGAAUGCAAUAGCACAUUUGUAUUCUCAAACUCGUAAGCGGCAAUUCGAUGUAGCAUCUCUCUUGGCACCUGACUGCAAACAUUUUGUAAAUAAAGUUACAGCUAAAGAUCAACAAAUUACGACUUUGCAUCAUACGAUUUUAAAGAAAGCCACACAAGAAAGUGGAAAGGAAUGCACGCAGUAUUUGUAUAAUCCAAUAGAUUCGGUUCAACCGGGGCAGCAACAAUUUUUUACCCAUUCGUCUUCACAAAACCAAAUAAUAUCAUCACUUGAGCUUAAGGAAAACUGCGAGCAAGAGCAAGAUGAAAUUGACGUUGUUGCAAAUGAUAAUGAUGAACAUAGUAAGCAUCGGUUAUCUUCAGUGGGCAACAACAACGAUAACGAUGAUGAUGAUCCUCACGACAUUGCACUAGAAAAGAAACAGCAAAAACAUACAUUUGACAUUGCCACAAAAAUUAGUGCUUGCUCCUCUACUGUUGCACAAAUUUGUGUGGAUAAUGAAAGUAAAUUCCCAAAUGUCGAUACAGCUUUGCCCAAGAGUGCCGAUAUGUUAAGGAAUCAGCAACCUUUGCAAAACGCUGUUUUCGAGUGGCAUAUGUUGCCAAGAUUUCCUGUUAAUCAACAAGAUAUGGGGGAUUAUUGCUCCACAAAAUUUAUAUCUGCAACUACACUAUCCAUCCCUACAUCGACUGUAAGACCAUCUUCGCUUUCGUCUACCAUUGAUAAUAACAGUGAAGAAAAUCAUUCUAAGCUCGGCAAUUUCCAUGAGGAUCUGGACGCGCACAAACAAAGUUCAAUAUCAAAAAAUAACGUUACUCAACGGAAUCAGCAUGUUCGACGCAUAAUACAACACCUACAUCAGAAACAACAGAAGCAAGAUAUUAAUGAUGAUGUCGGCAAACUAGGCAAUGAAAAAUCUCAAGCUUAUGGGCUAUAUUAUGAUACUUGUAUGGCAGCAGCGGCUGCUCGCCAUAUAAGUUCUCUACAGUUAGCAUCGAUCCAAGGUCAACGACAUGUGAAGCUGCAACAUGAAAUGCAACAAAAAAAGCAGAGUAAAUUUUGUCAUUAA